AUGGGUUACGCCAAUGCUUACCCGAACACCGCAGUAAACAGCUUCCGAGUGUACCUAAACGAAUCGGAAUACGGUCCUUUUACUGAAAGCUCUUUCACAUGGAUAUGGUCAGCCACUCUUAACAUUUACUUUAUUGGUUUUAUUACUGGAAGUAUCAUAGCUAUUCCUCUUGCUGACCACAUUGGUAGAAAAUGGUGCCUUGUAUGCGGUAACUCGACCAAUUUCGUGGCUGCUGUUCUGUCAACUGCAGCUAUUAUUUGGCUUAUUCCAUCGUUAUUUAUUAUUAGCAGAAUCAUCUUCGCAGUCGGAGCUGGAAUUUCAAUGAAUAGCUUAGUGUUACUACUACAGGAGUCGGCCCCGGUAUCGUUACGCGGACUUAUGUCAUUCAAUGCCGAAAUGGCUUUUGUCGUGACAAACAUGCUUGGUGCACUCGCUGGUAUGGGCAGCGUGUUAGGAACAAAGCUCGGCUGGCUUGUUGGGUUGGCAUGUAUUCCAGCCAUGUUCUCAAUUUUGAUGGCUCUUUACUUCCAUGACUCUCCACGAUUCCUUCUUGUAAAGAGGAAGAAAAGAAAAAUGGCAGAAGAAUCUGUCGAAUUUUAUCAUGGCAUUGGUGAGCAUUUCUCUUUAUCACACAAACAGCAUCUCACAAGGAAAUCCACGAUGAAAGUGAAACAAAUCGGGCGUGAAUGA